GGCGCAGCGAGGCCGGGCGGUGCCAGCAUCCCGGAAGCGGCCGCUCUGCGACGGCGCUGCCAUAGAGAAGAGGGUGCGGGGCGGGGAGUUGCGGGGGAGAGGGCCGAGCUGUGGCGCGGUAGGGCCGGGCCGGGAGCCGGGGCGCGGAGCCGGGGCUGAACCCUGCCGGCCGUGGGCGGGCGCGCCAUGGCGGCGGAGGGGAAGGUGACGGGGCAGAGCCAGGAGCAGUUCCUGCUGCUGGCCAAGGCCGCCCGCGGCGCCGCCCUCGCCAGCCUCAUCCACCAGGUGCUGGAGGCGCCGGGCAUUUACGUCUUUGGGGAGCUGCUGGACAUGCCCGCCGUGCGAGAGCUGGCUGACGGCGAGUUCGCGCCAGUCUUGCGCCUGCUGACCAUCUUCGCCUACGGGACGUACGCGGACUACCUGGCUGAAGCAGCAAACCUCCCUCCCUUGACAGAGGCUCAGAAGAACAAACUGAGACACCUGUCGGUUGUUACUCUGGCUGCCAAGAUCAAGUGCAUUCCCUAUUCAGUGCUGCUGGAACAGUUACAGCUGAAGAAUGUCCGGCAGUUGGAGGACCUUGUGAUUGAGGCUGUGUAUGCAGAUGUGCUGCGCGGGAGCCUGGACCAGCGAAACCAGCGCCUGGAGGUGGAUUACAGCAUUGGGCGGGACAUCCGGAGGGAGGAGCUAAGCACCAUCACCCGCACCUUGCAGGAGUGGUGCCAAGGCUGUGAAGUUGUCCUGUCAGGCAUCGAGGAACAGGUUAGCCGAGCCAACCAGCAUAAAGAGCAACAGCUGGCACUUAAGCAGCAGAUAGAGAGUGAGGUAGCAAAUCUAAAGAAGACAAUUAAAGUGACAACAGCAGCAGCUGCAGCAGCCACAUCCCAAGACCCAGAACAGCACCUAACAGAGCUCAGGGAGCCAGCGCCUGGCACCAACCAGCGCCAGGCUAGCAAGAAAACUUCCAAAGCCAAAGGGCUCCGGGGCAGUGCGAAGAUUUGGUCCAAAUCAAACUAGCUGGAUCUUCCUUCACAACUAGGAGGGUGAGAGGGAGAGAUUUUUUGGGGGAAAGGGGAUAGCAAGGGUCCCGAGCGUGAUGCUUCUAAACUCAUCUCCAAGAUCCAUCUCUCCAAUUAAUUCUGCUACAUGUUUGUUCUCUUUCCUGUCUGCUUCCAGGCAGUGCGCCCCUCUUCUCUAUCAGCAUUUUACUCUCUAAGCUUCCGGUUGUGUGUGUUGCUGUUUCCCCUACCCCUCAAGCCCCUAUCACCACGACCAUAUGUUUCUCUCUCUCUUUCUCUCCCUGUCUUCUGACAGAUUAAAGAGCCAUAGAACUGUCAGUCACCUUUGCACCAGUAGGGCAUCACAGAAGCUUGGAAAGAGAGUGCUGGUGCUCAGCAAUCAUUUUGGCUUUAUGAGACCCCUGGGACACUUUGCUCCAGGAUGCAGCUGCCAUGUUUGAUUGUUUUAUCUUUGUUUUGCUGGGUGGGAGGGUAGUUUUUGAAGGGAUUCUUUUAAAAAAUGUAUAAAUAUAUUAUAAAUAUCUAUAAAACAAUAAAAAAUAUAGAUCUAUGGACAUAUCUAUACAAACUUGUGCCUCUGCAGUGGUAUUUCAUUAUGCCUCAUGCAUCCUGAUUCUGGAUGUACCAGAAUAACUUCUUGUAUUGAAAACCUCUGUCCAAUCUAUGUGUGGAAUGCCCUCAAAAUACUUCCCACGCAAAUAUAAAGAGUUUCUAUUCAGGAUCUGUAACUGCUGUUGAUCUGGAGAAGAGAUAAGACAGUGGCCUUACAGUGCUUCUGAACUUUGAGUUCAGCUGUGAUGGAGGGAGAUGUCCUACUGGAUGAUUUCCUGUGAAUUAUCAAUGAAGAAAAGAUAUUUUUAAGUUAUCUUGUGUAAGUGAUUUGCAUCCAGAAUUUUCAAAACAUGAUUUUCAAUGAGUCUCGGAGCACUAGCAAGGUGCGGAGACUGGGAAAACGUUUAUAUAUUUUUGUCAGUAUUAAGUGAUAUGAUACCUGUGUGAUAGAGAAUUGAGAAUAACAAAAUUAAUGCCAAUCAUUAUAAGUUUUUGUAGAAUAUAUCCUGUUUUACCCAUUCCUAGGUGAUUUUCUGUCUGGUGGAAAAUAAACAUUAAUGUAAUUGCUGUGA